UUAGCGCCCAAAGUUUGCGUCUUUAGCCCACUCUACGCACUCUCUCUCUCACCAAAAUCAAACCCUUUCAUUCAAAAAUUGAAUCCAACCCAUUUCACUUUCCUCUCUUCUUAUUCCUUCUUCCACUUUCAAUCUCACUGCCAUUACUGAUCUCUAUCGAAAUGGGCUGUGCUUCUUCUCAUCUUCUCAAUCACGACGAUGAUUUCCCCCAACUUGGAUCCUCUGCUCUAACCCAUCAUUUCGUCUCCCUCACUUCCACCACUUAUGGCCUUCUUAACCUCGACCCGCCUUCGGCCACCGCCACUGCCCCACCGCCCCUCCCGAUCCCCGCCAAGUCCCUUCGCUCUGACCCCGAGGUUAUCAACUCCUGGGAGCUCAUGGAUGGCCUUGAUGCCGAUAGCUUUCGUUUUUCUCUUCUCUCUCAAUCCAAAAAAUUCGCUCUCAAGAACGACAUUGAUUCCAACAAGGAGAAUUCCAACCCCAAUUGCCCCACCCAGAUCGUCGCAUCAUCUAUUCUCCGACCGUCGUCUCGACCCACUGUUACUGCUCCCGUAACGAUUCCCUCUCCGGUGAAACAUUUGCUUGACAGGUUUGAGACACUCUGCCCGCCGAGUGGGGAGAAUCGGGUGGUGGUGUACACAACGACGCUCCGAGGGAUAAGAAAGACGUUCGAGGAGUGCAACGCCGUGCGAGCAGCGAUCGAAGGCACCGGAGUGCAAAUCUGCGAGCGAGACGUAUCGAUGGAUCGGGGGUUCAGAGAAGAGCUAAGGGAAUUAAUGAAAGGGAGAGGGCAAGAAGCCAUGGUUCCUCCAAGAGUGUUCAUAAGAGGUAAGUACAUUGGGAAUGGAGAAAAAGUGUUGAAAAUGGUAGAAGAAGGAGUUUUAGUGGAAUUACUUGAAGGGUUACCCAAAAUCAAAGCUGGGUCUGUCUGUGAAGGGUGUGGAAAUGCAAGAUUUUUGCCCUGUUUUCAAUGCAAUGGAAGCUGUAAAUUGGUGAUGGCAGUGAAAAAAGAAGGGUUCCAUAAGCAAAGCCAUGGCAAGGCUGUGGUUGUUAAAUGCCCUGAUUGUAAUGAGAAUGGCCUUGUUCUUUGCCCCAUUUGCAGCUAAUGGCUUUCAGAUAAGUUCUAUACAUUUUCAUAUAUCAUACAGAAGGUUAAAAGAAUUCUGCCGACCCUUUUUGCUGCUCUACAUUUUACAUAUAUAUAUAUAUAUGUGGUGAUUUGUGUGGAAUCUCAUGCAGAGCUCUUUGUAUUUUUACAAUAAAAUCAAAGGUCAGUUCUUGGCUGAUUUGUAACAAAGAAAUUGGUUUAGUCUUCUGGUUCAAUCUCUCUGUCUAAUAGCUCAAAAGUUUUCAUACUUGAUUGUGAUGAACACGCUUGAAAGAACAUUUAUGAAGAGAUGUGGAAAGUAUAUGACAAGGGGAUUGUUAUCAA